AUGGAACUAACUCCAACACUAUUGAUUCUUGGUUUCAUUCUUGUGCUAAGUUUCUAUUCAACUUCAGCACAUAAUAAAUACCAAGAAUUCAUAGCAGCAAAUGAACACCUUGAAGAUGAUAGUAGCUUAUUGACUUACAUUGUUCAUGUCAACAAGCCUUCUCUUCAAUCUAAGGAGAGUUUGGAUGGUUGGUAUCAUUCACUCUUGCCAGAUACUACCAAAACUCAAACCCAACAGCGCGUUAUUUUCUCAUACCAAAACAUAAUCGAUGGAUUUGCGGUUAAAUUGACCGCGGAAGAAGCCAAGGCUCUAGAAGAGAAGGAGGAGGUUCUGUCAACUCGACCGGAGAAAAUCUUUUCAUUGCACACAACUCAUACUCCGAGCUUCUUGGGGUUGCAGCAGAAUCAAGAAUUGUGGCAGAAUUCUAAUCUCGGUAAAGGGAUCAUAAUUGGAGUCCUGGACACAGGAAUAUACCCUUUGCAUCCUUCUUUUUCUGACGAAGGAAUGUCAUCUCCGCCUGCAAAAUGGAAUGGUCAUUGUGAGUUCACAGGGAAGAGGAUUUGUAAUAAUAAGCUCAUUGGAGCAAGGAACUUUGUGAAUUCAUCCCUCCCGUUCGAUGAUGUUGGCCAUGGAACUCACACGUCUAGCACAGCCGCCGGAAGGUCUGUGCAAGGUGCCAAUGUCUUUGGAAAUGCUAAUGGUACAGCAACUGGCAUGGCACCAGGUGCACACUUGGCAAUGUACAAAGUAUGCAGCAUCUACGGUUGUGCUGAAAGUGCAAUAUUAGCUGGAAUGGAUGCUGCAGUUGAUGAUGGUGUUGAUGUACUUUCUCUCUCCCUUGGAGGACCCGCCAAACCUUUAUUUGAAGACGCAAUUGCACUCGGCACAUUUAGUGCGAUACAAAAGGGAAUUUUUGUUAGUUGUUCAGCUGCAAAUUCAGGUCCUGCUUAUGGUACAUUAUCUAAUGAAGCACCGUGGAUUCUAACUGUUGGUGCUAGCACAAUUGACAGAAAAAUAGAGGCAAUAGCUAAGCUCGGAAACGGGAAGGAAUAUCUCGGAGAAUCAGUCUUCCAACCAAAAGACUUUGCAUCAACAUUAUUGCCACUUGUGUAUGCAGGUUCACUUAAUACAAGUGAUGAUUCCAUUGCCUUUUGUGACCCUUUUUCCAUGAAGAACGUUGAUGUUAAGGGAAAGGUAGUUUUAUGUGAGCAAGGCGGAUUUGUUCGAAGAGUAGUUAAAGGUCAAGCGGUUAAAGAUGCUGGCGGCGCUGCUAUGAUACUUGUUAACAGUGAACUUGAAGCUUUCAAUCCAAUUGCUGAUGUUCAUGUUCUACCAGCAGUCCAUGUAAGUUACUCUGCUGGUUUAUCCAUCAAAGAUUAUAUAAACUCAACUUCAACACCUAUAGCCACAAUCAUAUUCAAAGGAACUGUUAUUGGAAAUCCACUUGCCCCUCAAGUUGCUUCAUUUUCCUCAAGAGGUCCAAGCAAAUCAAGCCCUGGAAUUCUUAAACCGGACAUAAUUGGACCUGGAUUGAACAUUAUAGCAGCAUGGCCUAUAUCAUUAGACAAUAGUACUAUAUCUCCGUUUAACAUAAUUUCAGGUACCUCAAUGUCUUGUCCUCAUCUCAGUGGCAUUGCCGCGCUGUUGAAAAACUCUCAUCCAGAUUGGUCACCAGCUGCUAUAAAAUCAGCAAUCAUGACAACUGCUAAUACUCUCAACCUUCAUGAAAAGCCUAUUUUGGACCAAAGGCUUAAACCAGCUGAUUUAUUUGCCGUUGGUGCCGGACAUGUUAACCCUUUAAAAGCGAACGAUCCAGGACUUGUUUAUGAUAUUGAAGCAAAUGAUUAUGUUCCUUAUUUGUGUGGUUUGAAUUACACCGAUAUACAAGUUGGAGUAAUUUUGCAACAGAAAGUGAAAUGCUCCGAGGUAAAGAGCAUACCACAGGCACAACUUAAUUAUCCAUCAUUUUCUAUUAUUUUAGGGUCUUCGUCGCAGUUUUAUACUAGAACACUGACAAAUGUUGGACCUGUUAACUACACUUACAAUGUGGUAAUUGAUGCGCCUUUAGCAGUCGGUAUAAGUGUAGGCCCAUCUGAAAUAACAUUCACUGAGGUGAAGCAAAAGGUUACAUACUUCGUUGAUUUUGUACCCGAAGACAACAAGAUUAGAGGUGAUAACAUGAUUGCUCAGGGGUCUAUCAAAUGGGUUUCUGGAAAGUAUUCUGUUAGCAUUCCUAUAUCUGUCAUCUUUGUGUGA